CCCCGAUGCUGCAAAACGAUCAUCCGGGCCAAAGACGCGCGGCUGUUCCUGGGCGGCUCAUUCAGCAAAAAGACGCAGGCGGCACGGAGGCAGCUCACGGGGCGGAAUCCCAUCUCAUGCCACGACUGCGAGACUUAUCUGGCGCCGGAUCUUGCGGUUGGGUCCACGCGGAGGGUAGAGGUGGAGUGUUGUCCGGCGUGUCUGAACGAGACUUGUGUGUGGUGCAGGCGGGCCAGGCAUCAGGGGUCGGGGCCGUGUCUGGAUGGGUCGGAUGCGUUUGCGGAGCUGGCCAAGAGGAAUGGUUGGAAGAGGUGUUUGGUGUGUUCGGUUAUGAUCGAGAGGGUGGGUGGUUGUCAGAAUAUUCAUUGUUUGUGUGGGCAUAGAAUGUGUUAUCUCUGCGGGACGGCCAACUGCUCGGGGAGAUGU